UCAGAGGAAGAAGAUUACUUUCACCCCUGCUCGCUGUUGUUUUGUCUAGAAAUGUUGUUUCUGUAAAUUGAAAAAUAUGUUUUGGAAUCAGGUCACCAAAUAUCUGUAUUACUGUCAUCCUCACAGUUGAGCAGGAAUAUCUGGAGGACUAUAAUCUGAACUGAGAUCUGCUGCUGUGAAGAUGAUGUUUGUUAAAGAGGAGAGUGAAGAGAACACUAGUGAACCAAAAACCUGGAGAAUAAAACACGAGGAACCAGAAACCUGGAGAAUAAAACACGAGGAUCCAGAAACCUGGAGAAUAAAACACGAGGAACCAGAAACCUGGAGAAUAAAACACGAGGAACCAGAAACCAGGAGAAUAAAACACGAGGAACCAGAAACCUGGAGAAUAAAACACGAGGAUCCAGAAAGCUGGAGAAUAAAACACGAGGAACAAGGAGGGAUGAUUGAAAAAAACAAGAAUGAAGAAAUGAGUGAAGUUGAAGAGAAAAAUCACGUCAAAACUGGAGAAAAACCCUUGAGUUGUUCUCAAACCAAAGAAAAAUAUUUAAAUAUAAGAAAAGCUAAAAAAUCUUUCACCUGCACUCAUUGUGGAAUGAGUUUGACGUGCAAAUACAAUCUUGAUGUUCACAUGAGAGUUCACACUGGAGAGAAACCACACACAUGUGGUCUGUGCGGGAAGAGUUUUGCACAAUCAUCCCACCUUAAGGAUCACAUGAACAUCCACACUGGAGAGAAACCUUACAAGUGUUUACGCUGUGACAAGAAAUUCAGUCAUUCAGGAAAUCUGAAUACACAUGAGAGGAUCCACACCGGAGAGAAACCGUACACAUGUGAUCAGUGUGGGAAGAGUUUCACAAUAAAGGGCAAUCUUACAGAGCACAUGAGAGUUCAUACCGGAGAGAAACCAUACACAUGUGAUCAAUGCGGGAAGAGUUUCACACGAUCAGGAACCCUUAAGAAACACAUGAACAUCCACACUGGAGAGAAGCUUUACGCAUGUGAUCAGUGCGGGGAAAUGAUUUUAAAUGCUUCAGCCCUACAGCAGCACAUGGAUGUUCAUACAAAGGAGGAACCACAUUCAUGUAAUUUGUGUGGAAAGAGUUUUUUAUGUCUACAAAGUUUGAAAGAACAUGAGAAAACUCAUACUGGUGUGAGAGAUCAUGUGUGCUUUGAGUGUGAAAAGACUUUUAGUUCAGCGAGCAGUUUAAAACGGCACCAGAGGAUCCACACUGGAGAGAAACUGUACAAGUGUUCAUACUGUGAACAGAGAUUCAGUAAUUCAUCAAGUCUGAAAACACAUGAGAGGAUCCACACUGGAGAGAAACCUUAUCGCUGCACUGAAUGUGGGAAGUGUUUCAAUGAUUCAUCUGCUCUACACAGACAUACAAAAAACAAUCAUACACUUAUGCUCGUGAGAAGACCAGUUUCUGCUGACAUCCUGACCUGAGAUGAGGUGUCUUCUUCACCAGUGCUGACGUCUGCUACAAUCAUUGGAGAUAUGCUGGAGAUCUUUAUGUCCAUAUGUGGAGACUGUCUAAGUUUAUCUAAGUUUUGGAAGAUUGCUGCUGAGCAGCGCUUUGACGCUUUUUUUUUUUCUGUCUGGAGUAUAACUGUGGUUGAUUUUGUAUUGUACGGGAGCGGCCUGCGAACUCCUUCGAGAGUGUUGAAGCUGACUUCUGCUUAUGAAACUGCAAACUAAUUUCUUCAAGUAAAAUUAUUAUUAAUUGAACUCA